GGCAGCUGGUCCGGGGCUCUUGGGUGUGAGGAGGAUGUCGGUGAACUGGAGAUGUUCAGCACGCAUGAGCUGGGCUGGAACCCUGUGAGGAAAGGCUGAGGGUCCGGACCUGUGAGAGGAGCUGUGAGAAGUAUCAGUGCCAGCACCGUGGGGAAGGCUGUCAGGAAGAUAAAACCAGGCCCGUCACAGUGGGGCACGGUGGCGGGAUGAGAGAAAGUGGGCGUAGGAUGAAACAAGGGAGUCAAAACUGGUGUGUGCAUGUUGGAACAGGGAAGCUCACAGUUUCCAAAGCAGCACCAGAAGUAAUCUUAAAUGUUCCUGAAACUAGGGUGAGUCCUUUGGAAAAUGGCUUGCAAGUAGCUUCUGAAGACUCUGGACUCUCAACGUGCACAGUUGGACUUUGGAUUGAUGCUGGAAGCAGGUAUGAAAAUGAGAAGAACAAUGGAACUGCUCACUUUCUUGAGCAUAUGGCUUUCAAGGGAACUAAAAAGAGAUCUCAGUUGGACCUUGAACUAGAGAUUGAGAACAUGGGGGCUCAUCUGAACGCGUACACAUCCAGGGAACAAACUGUGUAUUAUGCAAAGGCUUUUUCAAAAGAUUUACCAAGAGCUGUGGAAAUUCUUGCUGACAUAAUUCAGAACAGCACCCUGGGAGAGGCAGAGAUUGAGCGUGAGCGAGGAGUUAUACUUCGAGAGAUGCAAGAGGUUGAAACCAAUUUGCAAGAAGUUGUUUUUGAUUACCUUCAUGCCACAGCCUACCAGAAUACAGCCCUAGGACGGACAAUUUUAGGACCCACUGAAAAUAUCAAAUCCAUAAAUCGUAAUGACUUGGUGGAGUACAUAACAACACAUUACAAAGGACCCAGAAUGGUCUUGGCUGCUGCUGGAGGGGUCUCUCAUGAUGAACUCCUUGACCUGGCGAAGUCCCAUUUUGGUAACUUGCCAUCUGCUCCAGAAGGAGGACUGCCACCCCUGCCACCUUGUAGCUUCACGGGUAGUGAGAUUCGGAUAAGGGAUGACAAGAUGCCCCUGGCACACCUGGCCAUUGCUGUCGAAGCAGCCGGCUGGUCAGACCCGGAUACAAUCCCACUCAUGGUAGCCAAUACUCUGAUAGGUAACUGGGAUCGGUCCUUUGGAGGAGGAGUGCAGAAUUUGUCCAGUAAACUUGCUCAGAUUGCCUGCCAUGGUAACCUGUGUCACAGUUUCCAGUCCUUCAAUACCUGCUACACUGACACAGGGCUGUGGGGACUCUAUAUGGUCUGUGAGCCAUCCACUAUUCAGGAUAUGGUGCACUUUGUUCAGAAAGAAUGGAUAAGACUUUGCACAAGUGUUACAGAAAAUGAAGUAGCUCGAGCAAAAAAUCUUCUAAAGACAAAUAUGCUGCUACAACUUGAUGGGUCCACACCAAUCUGUGAAGACAUUGGAAGACAAAUGCUGUGUUAUAAGCGCCGAAUCCCAAUUCCAGAACUUGAGGCAAGGAUUGAAGCUAUUGAUGCCCAGACUAUUAGAGAAAUCUGCACAAAGUACAUCUAUGAUAAGCAUCCUGCAGUUGCUGCCGUGGGUCCAAUUGAACAACUUCCAGAGUACAGCAAAAUCUGCAGUGGCAUGAAUUGGCUUCGUGAGUAGUGAAUAACAAGAACUUCAAGCAUAUUUUAGCUUUAUAAAAACAGGAAAACAACAAACACCCAACAAACCAACUAUGCUCCUGUUUAAAACUUUGGAGUUGCUUUUGAGAAUAUUAAAACUCAAGAACCAGCCCCUCCUGUGUGUCUGUAUAAUGAAGAAAGGAAUCGAAACAUGUACAGUAUUUGCAUUUUUAUUAUAAAAUAAGGAUUGUCAGUAAGAGUCA